AUGCUCGCUGCACACCACGCACCGUGCUAUUUCCACACCACCCACUAUGAUCUCUCCUCAUCAACCACCUUGCUCUCACCUCACCACCCACCUUACCCUCCCUCCUCUCCCCAGGGAUGUGUCAGCACCCGACGGCCGUUCCUUCCUCCACCUUCCCUCCCUCCACCCCGCGCGCUCCUCGUCGUUUCCAGCCGAGUGGACAGCUCUCACCAGCCUCAGCACCCUGUGAGCUGCCUCCCUGCCCGCCCAUCUGCCUGCGUACCUGUUGCUCGUUUGUCACCCUGCCUGCUGCUCGCGUGUCGCUCUGCCUGCUGCUCACGUGUCGCUCUGCCUGCUGCUCGCGUGUCGCUCUGCCUGCUGCUCGCGUGUCACGUCACUCUACCUGCUGCCCACGAUUCACCUUGUCAUGUGAGGGCAGCGGGCAACGGCUUCUCAGGCUCCCUUCCCGCCACCAUCUCCGCCCUCACUGGCCUCUCAGAGCUCUCGCUGAGCCACAACGCCCUGGAGGGCCCCUUCUCCGCCUCUCCUGCUGCCCCACACCUCGUGGAGUUCAUCUGCGACUGCUGCUGUGCAGGGGAGGCGAAGGGGGUGGCAGAUGGCACUGCGGACAGUGCUGCCAUCGUCCCCCUCUCCUCCCCCCCCCUCUCGCCCUUCCUCCUCUUCCUGCACCUGCCGCCAACACACCUGUCGUGGCUGCCGAUGUGGGGGGGAGCCUACGGGGGUGGCGACAGUGGCUGA